CAGCGAGGCGGCCCUCGGCGCGCUCUGAUCCCACCGCGCACUUUGCGACCCGGCUGCGGAGCAUUCAGCUGCCCGCAUGGACACGGCGCUGAAACGGAGCCGCUCUGAGGAGCCGGCGGAGCUCCCGCCGCCCUCCCGGGAGGCGGAGGAGAAAGAGGAGGAGGAAGAGAGGAUGGAACAGGGCCUGGAGGAGGAGGAAGAGGUGGACCCCCGGAUCCAGGGAGAACUCGAGAAGUUAAAUCAAUCCACGGAUGAUAUCAACAGACGGGAGACUGAACUUGAGGAUGCACGCCAGAAAUUCCGAUCUGUCCUGGUUGAGGCGACGGUGAAACUAGACGAACUGGCUAAGAAGAUCGGCAAGGCUGUGGAGGACUCAAAGCCCUACUGGGAGGCCCGCAGGGUGGCCAGGCAGGCUCAGCUGGAAGCGCAGAAAGCCACACAGGACUUCCAGAGGGCCACUGAGGUGCUCCGUGCAGCCAAGGAAACAAUCUCCCUGGCUGAGCAGCGGCUGUUGGAGGAUGACAAACGGCAGUUUGACUCUGCUUGGCAGGAAAUGCUGAAUCAUGCUACUCAGAGGGUCAUGGAGGCCGAGCAGACCAAGACAAGGAGUGAGCUGGUGCACAAGGAGACAGCAGCCAGGUACAACGCUGCCAUGGGCCGCAUGCGGCAGCUGGAGAAGAAGCUCAAGCGCGCCAUCAACAAGUCCAAGCCUUAUUUUGAGCUAAAGGCAAAGUACUACGUCCAGCUUGAGCAACUGAAGAAGACAGUGGAUGACCUUCAGGCCAAGCUGGCCCUGGCAAAAGGCGAGUAUAAGGCGGCCCUGAAGAGCCUGGAGAGGAUCUCAGAUGAGAUCCAUGAGCGGCGGCGCUCCAAUGCUAUGGGGCCUCGAGGCUGUGGUGUGGGGGCUGAGGGCAGCAUCACCUCAGUGGAGAACGUGCCUGCAAGCAAACCUGAGCCUGAUGCCAUUUCUGUGGCUUCAGAAGCCUUUGAAGAUGACAACUGCAGCAACUUGGUGUCUGAAGAUGACUCUGAAACCCAGUCUGUGUCCAGCUUUAGUUCAGGACCAACAAGUCCGUCUGAAAUGCCUGACCAGUUCCCUGCAGUGGCAAGGCCCGGCAGCCUGGAUCUGCCCAGCCCUGUGUCCCUGUCAGAAUUCGGGAUGAUGUUCCCAAUACUGGGUCCUCGAAGUGAAUGCAGUGGGGCCUCCUCCCCUGAAUGUGAGGUGGAACGAGGAGACAGAGCAGAAGGGGCUGAGAAUAAAAUGAGUGACAAAGCCAACAACAACAACCGUGUUCUCAGCAGCACCAACAGCAGUGGUGGCAAGAGCAGGAGCCAAAGCAGCAUGUCUCUUGAGGGCCAGGCCUUGGAAACCCGCAUGAAGCAGCUCUCCCUACAGUGCUCAAAAGGAAAAGAUGGAAUUAUUGCUGACAUAAAAAUGGUGCAGAUUGGCUGAUCCACCCAGGGCUAUGGCCCAUGUGCAGAUCAUAUUUAUACAUGGAAUUCAAGAACAUUGUGCCAAUAAUCAUUUAACAUAAGCCAAAUAGUAUGCAUUCACUCUAAACUGCACUAACCAAGUUUCAGUGACCUUGAGGGUUAAACAAUUUCCCUCUGGUAAGAGCUCUUGGGCUGGUGUGUUUUUCAGAGCAGAGCCACUGCAGGUAAACUGUGACCAAAGUCACAGCCUUUGUGGAGCAUUCCCUGUAGGGGCAGCGUGGAAGCAAUAACUAGUUUCUGUGAAAGAACCUGAGCCAGGAGGCGAGCUGGACACUUGGCCAGACUGGGGUCACCAGCCUACAUCUCUACCCCCAGUUCUCCCUCUACUUGGGGAAACUGAGAUGUUCUCGCCCUUAUAUCACAGAGCACCAAAAUAAUUUAAAAACUCACACAAACAAAAACUCAAGUGUUCAGAACACACUGUUGUGCCCUAGUAAGAGUGUAACAACAGUGCCAGGAACACGGUUCAUCAUCAACUCUGGUGCUCAGAGGGGGCUGCAAGAAGCAUGUCUUCUGGGAAACCUGUUGAACCAUUUCCUAGGGAAGCUACCAUGAACUGCACUUUUUGGGGUGGGAACGGUGAAUGCCAAUGCGGGGAUGGGGGGAGUAAAGUAGCGGGGACAUAGGUAGCAUAGAGGGGACCUGUGGCUGGGGCCGUUUGUAGCCUGACCAUAGCCUGCCAGCCAAGGCGCUUUAUUCUAAGAGAAGUGCAUGUGAGGAAUGGUUGCCAUUGCUCUAUCUAGAUUUGACAAGGAGUUCAUUUCUCUGUAGACGUAAUUUCUACAAAAACUGAGAUUAUUUACGGUUUAUGCUACACCUAGUAUCCCUUAGAGGAAGCUGUCCUUAAAGCUAGGAGGGGAUGGGCAUGGUUGGUAAACAGGAGCAAUGGAUCUGUUAGGCUAAUUGUAGUGUCUAGACUUAGUGUUUCUGGUUAUGCAUAUUUAGAGCACUGGAUUUUAUUUGUCCUGUUUUAUUAAUCUACUAUUUCUGAAAGAAAAAAACAACCUCCAUUUCAAACUGUCUGUUAAUUUUAGCCAUGUGUGUACAGCUCUUCAUACACUAGUGGUUUCUUCUUUUUUAUUGAUGGACACAGUAUCCUUAUUACAAGGUUAUUUUGUACUUGUUUUAUUACCUUGAGUGUAAUAAAAGCUGAGAAGACUUUGUGACUUCCAAUGAGAAA